GUCAACAGUGUACAGAAAGAGCUACCACCUCUUUCUUGUCAUCUUGCAAAGCUUGCCUUGACUUUGCACAGAUCGUUCAAAGUAGUGGUUCCUUGGACCUUGCACCAAAAGAUGGACUUGGGUGAAAACUGGGACUUGGAUGAUGCCAACUGGCUGACCCACACUGGAAUUCUUCAUUUUCUCAAUGCUUUAAGAGACACCGAGGCUUCCAAAGGUGAUCCAGUGGUCUUUGGUGCCCAUCAGAUAGGCCUCCCAUCCAUUUGCUACACUUCCAGUACUCCUGCCCAGAUACUGGAAGAAACUGGCUGCCUUUACACAGAUCCCCAGCUGUUUGGCAGCAGGCGGGAUGGUUCACCGUUAAUGAUAGACUUUGUCAGUGAUACUGAAGCUGAAGACCCCCCUUGCAACUUCCACCCCCCGAGCUUCCUCCAGGUUUCAGAGGUGGAAAUGAGAGGUUCGGAGGACGUUGCCCCUGGCACUGUGUUACAGCGGUUGAUCCAGGAGCUGCGCUAUGGCAACCCGAGCGAGAACAUGAACCUGCUGGCCAUCCAGCACCAGGCCACAGGGAGCGCGGGACCAUCCAACCCCACUGCCAGCACGCUGCUUUCUUCUUCCACGGAGAACCUGGUGCCCGAAGACCCACAAAUGGUCCAGCAGUCGGCGCGGCAGGAACCACAGGGCCAGGAGCACCAAGGGGACAGCACUGCGAUGGAGAAGCAGCCCAGGGGCCCCCAGCCUCAGCAGAACAAUGAAGAGCUGCCAACUUAUGAAGAGGCCAAAGCCCAGUCUCAGUUUUUCAGGGGCCAGCAGCCCAGCAGCGCCGCUACGGCAGGUUUUUACACGGCUGGAACCUCCUGCCCGAAAUCCAGAACGGAAGGGAGGCCGACGUUGGCUCGGGCCAACAGCGGGCAGGCGCACAAAGACGAGGCACUCAAGGAACUGAAGCAAGGCCACGUGCGAUACCUGAGCGAGAGGAUCAUGCAGUUGUCGCUGGAGAGGAACGGCACGAAACAGCACCCGCCUGCCUUGGGGAGAAGCAAAGGGUUCAAAGCGGGAGGGCCAUCCCCUCCUCAGUCCACCAGCAAAGGGGUGGAUCCAAGGGGGCCGCCGCCAGACUACCCGUACAAAAGCAAGCAGGUAGUCUCCCCGGUGAGCAAAGCUCAGGAGCAUGGGAUGUUUUUUAACGACCAGCAUUCUGGAGUCAUCCAGGAAGUGGUGAUGCCCUCCUAUUCAGUGCCCCAGGCAGCGAGGAGCGAAGUAGCUGUUGUCCGUUAUCAGCAUCCCCCAGAGUAUAGCCUGACGAGCCGCCAGUGCCAGUCAUCUUUUCCAUCCCUGCAACAGCAGCACAGCCCAGUGUCCUCGCAGGCCUCCUCUCUUACUGGCCCAUUGCACUCUGCCUCUUUGCCACCUCUCUCGAUGGCCACGGCAUCUCAGUCCCUGCCUGCAACUCCGCCGAGCCAGCAGCAGGAGCAGCCGCUCCCGCCAGAUGCCUUUACUAUAGUCCAUCGAGCCCAGCAAAUGGUGGAGAUGCUCUCCGAUGACAACGAGGCACUGCAGAAGGAGCUGGAGGGCUACUACGAGAAAGCAGAUAAACUCCAGAAGUUUGAAAUAGAAAUUCAGAGGAUUUCAGAAGCCUAUGAGGACCUGGUGAAGACCACCACCAAGAGGGAAUCGCUGGACAAGGCGAUGCGUAACAAGCUGGAAAGUGAAAUCAGGCGUCUCCAUGAUUUCAACAGGGCCUUACGUGAGCGAUUGGAGACUGCCAACAGGCAGCUAGCCAGCAGAGAGUUUGAUGGGAACGAAGAUAAGGCAACAGAGGGUCUUUAUGCUUCUCAGAGCAAAGAGCAUUUGAAAGAGAAAGAGAAGCUGGAAAUGGACUUGGCAGCCCUGCGCUUGACCAGCGAGGAGCAGCGAAGGCACAUUGAAAUCCUGGACCAGGCGCUCAAUGGCGCACAAGCCAAAGUCAUCAAGCUAGAAGAGGAGCUGUGCAAGAAGCAAGCUCACGUCGAGAAGGUGGAGAAGCUCCAGCAGGCCUUGACCCAGCUGCAGGCGGCCUACGAGAAACGGGAGCAGAUGGAGCGCCGCCUGCGCACCAGGCUGGAGAGAGAGCUGGAAUCCCUGAGGAUGCAGCAGCGGCAAGGGAGCUACCAGGCAGCCCCCCUGCCAGAGUACAAUGUCCCUGCGUUAAUGGAACUGGUGCGCGAGAAGGAGGAGAGGAUUCUGGCUCUGGAAGCCGACAUGACCAAGUGGGAGCAGAAGUACCUCGAAGAGAGCGCCAUCCGGCAUUUCGCCAUGAACGCCGCCGCGGCAACUGCCACGGAAAAGGAUGCCUCAGCCAUUAAUCACUCACGGAACGGGAGCUACAGUGAAAGCUCCCUGGAGGUCCGCAUGUGGCAGGAGGAAGAAGAGAUUUUGCAAGCCAACCGGCGGUGUCAGGACAUGGAAUACACGAUAAAGAACCUGCAUGCAAAAAUCAUAGAGAAAGAUGCCAUGAUCAAAGUGCUUCAGCAGCGGUCCAGGAAGGACCUUGGCAAAACUGAUGCUUCAAGCUUGCGACCUGCUCGGUCGGUCCCGUCCAUUGCUGCAGCCACUGGAACUCAUUCCCGCCAGACGUCCCUCACCAGCAACCAGGUGACCGAGGAGAAGAAAGAAGACAAGACUUGGAAAGGGAGCAUAGGAUUGCUCUUAGGGAAGGAGACCCAGGACCAGUCGCCCAUCCCUUUGUUGCCACCUCCACCUCCUGCCACACUGUCUUCUGGAAUGUCCUCGUGGCCGGUGACUGUCUGCCACGCUAAGACGGGGAGCAAAGACAACAGCACUCAGACGGACAAAGCCUCUGAACUUUUCUGGCCAAACUCUGCUUCUUUUCCGGGCAGAGGGAAAUUGACUAACACCCCGGGCAGCAGCCCAGCCCUAAGGCACACUGCAGGCAGAGGCGUUGGAGAGAGGCUGGAGAACUCUCCCAGCCAUGGCAAGCUGCCAGACAGCAAAGGCGGCAGGGUCAGCAGCCUGCUUCACAAACCUGAAUUCCCAGAUCCAGACAUGAUGGAAGUCCUUAUCUGAAGCUCCGGCCACGUUCACAUGUGCUGCUGCCGUUUCCCCUGCUAGUGCACACAGCCCCCCGGAAGAGGUUGCUGCCGUCGUUGGCGCUGUUGCUGCUGCUGCUGCUGCUGCUGUGCAAAACUCGAGAGCUCUGGAGAAUGGUACAAAUCCCGGACCAAGGAAGUUUAAAUCUAGGCGGCAAAUGAGACUUUUUAACAAAGCACAGGGCACGUGAGACGUUGGAGAUGGGACAUUUGGGAUACCUGCUACGUACAAUCAUUAAAAAAUUACAUUGGCCAACGAGAUGUAGAUCUGCCUCCUGUUGGGGGCAGGAGGAAGGAACUUUGGAAGGCACGGUCAAUGUGCCAAGGACAAUUCUGCAACCACCAAGUUAGCGGUGGUUUCUUUUUUUAAUCACCUGCUAGCUAACCAGAGCAGCCACAUUCCCUCUGUGACAUGUUUUGUGCAACGUGCCCCCCCCCCCCGGGACAAGGGAGCAGGACUUCCCUAUAUUUAGAUAUCAUCCCACUGCCUUCUUCCUGCUGUUUUUGUUUAGAUCUCCCUCCUACCCACCUUUAGAGAAAGAGAGACAUGGUAAAAACAGGGUGCGGAACAACGUGCCCUUUCCAUAAACUUUCACAACUCUUCACCUCUAUUUAAUAUUUAUUGAGCAACGACAGCAUGCUGUUGCCAGCGCAGAAGCAGCAGGGUCCUUCCUUGCUAAGAGGGCUUAGAACAUGGGUACCUGAUGGGGGGGCGCUCCAGAUGUGCUUGGAUUAGAGCUCCCUUUCGCCCCAGCUAAGAGGCAGGAGUGGUGUGAGCUGUAGCCCUGUAACAUCUGGAGGACACAACGUUGGCUGCCACUGGCUUCAAUUCUAAUGUUAUCUCACGCAUUACAGGUGAGACUUAGUUACCUCUUUCCAGUAGUAGUAGUAAUAAUAAUAAUAAUAAUAAUUUUAUUAUUUAUACCCCGCCCAUCUGACUGGGUUUCCCCAGCUUCUCUGGGCAGCUGGGUUGUUCUGCUGGGGCAAGAAACCUACCAGCCAAACAAAAACAGUCAUUAAAAAGCACCUUAAAACCUGAUUUGUGGUCUCAUAAACUUCCAUGGGCUUAGAGUUUCGAGCAGGGGGUGUUCCCAGCUCUGCCUGGAGAUAUUGGGGAAUUGAACCUGGGAUCUUUCUGCUUUAUCACUGAACUAUGGCUCUCCCUUGUCAAAUACAGGCAUGGAAUCCUAUGUAACCACAGCAUAGGAUGUCUGGGCGGUUUCAAGUAAAUCAGCAAGGAUUUUUCAUUCCCACUUGUUUAAGAACGGCAGCAGAAAAUGCUGCCUCCCCCAUUAUACUGCUGAAAUUAGGAAAAAUGGGUGAGGGGGGAGCAGGAGGUAACCAGGAGAAUGUGCUGGGGGGGGGGUUGAGUUCAGUUCUCAGAACAGAAUUCCUAGACUCAGAAACCUUUAAGUGUAAAUGUAUGCCUUUUGCACCAAUUGCGGCUGGCGGUUCUCAGGAUUCUUGUAUAAAAACAAAGUCAGUCCCACAGUCCUGAGGUCUGCCCACUGCUGCUAUAAACAGGUUUGUUUCAGUGUCCCCUUUCCUAGGUUUUCUGCUAGUUUUCCCAAACUGUUCAAUGUGUGGCCGUGCAUGUUUUGCAGGGGCUAUAAGCUUUGCCCUUCCGUCUCGUGCAGGUUCUGUGAAAAUGCUGAGCAGUUUAAUAAUGCUUUGUCUAUUAAACCGACCACCAAGCUCUUAACCCUAUCUCUUAGAGAUUCAAACAGUGGUGUGCCAUCUGCCUUGUGCAUUCAUCCCAACCAGCAAGGGUGACUCCAGGAAGCCGCCCAGGUUGCCCUGUUGUCGUUGUUGAAAGGCAAGUGGAAACUGUACUCUUCCCAUGUGUGAUUCCUGGCAAGUGGAGGGUACAGCAAUAGCCAUCAUUACUAGAACCCACUGAGAGACUUCUCUUCACAUACAUGCAGCAAGGAGACCUAGACAAGCUCAGCCUCCUAUGUCAUACAUGCUUGGCUCGAAAUAAACGAUAAAUUGCAAGAACUCAGGCCAAAAGAAGAUGGAUUUCAAAAAAAUCUUCACAAGGUUUUAUUGAUGUGAUGCAGAGUUUAAAUGGGAAUCAAUCCCAAUGUUGAAGGCAAAUAAAGAUAAAUUCCAGUAAAAAUCAGGACAAGGCCCUGUUUCGACUAUUCUUCGUCAGCAAAGAUUCACAGGUCAAAGUGUACCAAGUAUGUACCAAGAGGCAAACAUACUUGGUACACUUUGACCUGUGAAUCUUUGCUGACGAAGAAUAGUCGAAACAGGGCCUUGUCCUGAUUUUUACUG